AAUUGUCCAAAGUAACCCAUUAAUUAUUAAUUAUUUCGAUAAAAACCCAAGGCCAAAUGAAAAACUACAAAAUUCUCACACCAGUACAGGGGCAAAUUAUGCCGCCUAUCUCCUUGUUCCCGCCAUCAAAACCCUUUUUCUAUAUCAUUUCAGAUUCUUUUAUAUUACAAACGCGUCCCUUCUUCUUCCUACAACCUUCAACCGCAAACAAUAUUCACUAACAUAUCUCAAAAGCAAUGGUUCUUUCAUUCGAACCCUCGAAGCCAGUUAGAUUCUACGGCUCAAGCCUUCCCCGUCCACGAAUCCACGUCAACUCAGACGGUAGCGACCGUGUAGAUCCUCCUCUCUCCGUCACCGAGCCACUGAUGUCAUGGGCCCAAGAAGCCCAUUGGUCCAUUGGCGGGCUCAGCUUCAAACGCCUCCGUCUCAUGGGUAAAAUCGAAGGCAACGUUGAAAAACUCCGUACUCAACGCGAGAAAGAAUCCAACACCAAUAGCCCGAGCUUUGAUCUUCGCAGAUCUUUGAGUUCUCCUUCACCUUCCCCAUCCCCACCGCCUGCUCCAAUUUCUUUAAAGCGUCGUAGACUCGAGACUCUUAUUGAGGAAGAAGAAAGGGUUUCGAGUUCUGUUACCCGUGGAAGACGGUUGGUGAAGAAGCUUGGUGAUGAUUUCGAUCGAGUUGCUUCUCCUGAGAAGAAGGGUGCAGCUGAGGUGGUUGUUGCUGAGUCAGUGGCUGCUCCGGUGAAGACUCUGAAUCGGAGAUUGGUUAAAAUUGGUGAUGCUGUGAAGAAGGUUGGUGAAGGGAAAGAGAAAUUGAAAAUGAAGGUUGCUGAAGAGGAAGGGAGAAGUCCUGGUUCUGGGAGUAGGGUUAGAACUUCAUCUAGAUUGGCUAAGAUUGGGUCUAAUUAGGUUUUUGUAAUGUAAAUUUUGGUUCACUCUUUUAUUAUACUAAUGAAUUAUUUUUUCAUUUCUCUGUAUCUUGUUAUGUUUUCCAGAUAAAUUGGAGAGAAUUUUUUAUAAGUAAUU